UUUAACUACAUCUGUGGGUAAAUCUCUCCGGGACAAUUUCCACAAAGCUCUACCUACAGCUAUACCUGCCUUUCCAGUAAUAACAACAGAGAAGGUGAUUGGUUCCAGAAACCCUAGGGUCAUAAAGGAAGAUGCAUGGGAGCCUGUCCUUAUGAAUGACCUCAAAGAAAUUAAACAGGCUGUCAUGACUUUUGGGAUGCACGUCUCUUUUGUUAAAGAAUUGCUAAAAUCUUGGGCAUCCACAAGCAGAGAUACACCAUUGGACUGGCUCCAGCUGACCUCUGCAGUCCUUGAGAGUGGGACGCAAUUAAAAUGGAAAUGCUUAUUCAGGCAAGAGGCUAGACUUUUAGAACAGCAAGAAAAGGCGAAGGGAAGUGACAUCUCCCUAGAUAAAAUUCUAGGUGAAGGACUCUUUUCCGAUCCUCAGGAACAAGCUAAUUUGGAUGAAAGCAUACUCUCCAUAUGCACUACAGCAGCCUUAAGGGCUUGGGACAGGGUACAAGACCCAGGACAGAGAAUGGAAUCAUUUGUUACAAUUAAACAAGGUCAGAGAGAACCCUUUAGUGAUUUUUUACAAAGACUUACUAAGGCUGUACAAAUAGGGAUACCUGACCCUGACACAAGACGUAUAAUGAUUGAGUCUUUGGCUUAUGAAAAUGCAAAUGUGGAAUGCAAAAAGAUUUUGGGGCCUUUAAGGUUCAGAUCAGCACCCUUGGAAGAAUGGGUCUUGCAUACACUGGAUGUUGAUACAUUUGAUUAUGGCACUGAAGCAUGGGUAGAGGAAGCAAUUUCCAAUGGUAAAAGGAGACAUCAGAAUACCAAAUGUUUUAAUUGUGGCAAAAUGGGUCAUAUGAGAAGGAAUUGUAAACAACGGACCUUCAGAAACAAUAAUAAUGCGUCUUCUAGAAAUAACAGAAAUAGAAGGACUCAGCCUUCAGGUUUAUGUAGAAGAUGUGGAAAGGGUAGACAUUGGACGAAUGAGUGCAGAUCUACAAGAGAUAGACAAGGAAACCUGAUACAGACGGGAAACGUGAGAGGGGGGGCCUCACAGGCCCCCAUGGCAAACAUGGUCCAGUCAUUUCCAGUUUCUGCAGAGAACGUGCCUCGUCAGGACAAUUAGGAAACCUCAUGCCUACUGUUACAAACGAUAAUGAGCAGAAAGAUGAGUUACGUGUGUUUUGGCAAACUUCUAUAAAUGAUCAAAGACCUAAGCUGAGAGUGUGUGUAAAUGGCAUUUUUAUUACUGGCCUGCUGGACACAGAUGCUGAUGUAAGUAUCAUUACCCCAGAAUCUUGGCAUCCGUAUUGGCCCCUUCAGAAUGUAAAUUUUCAGUUCCUGGGAAUUGGAACCCUAUCCUCAGUAAGAC